AUUAUUAAAUUCUGAAUUACUUUUCUUACAUUUCUGGCUGAGUGGAAAACAUAAAUUAUGGGGUCUAGAAAAUUAUCUGUAAAACAUGCCACGUAUUUUCCACCAUCGAUUGAUCCUAUCUAUUUGGGAUCAUAUCCCCCUAUGAAUAAUAGUAAAGGUUCAAAAUACCAAUCCAGUAGUUUGAAUUACUUUCGAGACUAUCGCGAUGAAACAUUACGUAAUUUUCAAAUGCCCAAAGACGAUUGGGGAACAAGACUAUCACCGUAUUCACCUAGACCUGAUGUUGUUGGUAGUAAAAAUACAUCGAAUUUUGAUAAGUUAAUUUCAUUCCCACGAUUUGAUUUGACAUUUGUGGAUCAAAAACGUACCAAUGAAAUUGAAGAGUUUUACAGGGUUUGUCAAUUGCAUAGGGAAUAUUAUAAGGAUCGUUUGGGUCAUAAACAUCCACUUGAAUUCUUUAAAUCUGAUGAUUAUGCAUAUCAAUGUGCUCCUAAUAUGACGGAUGUGUAUUUAAAAUCUCCAUCAGCAUAUGUUAAAUAUAAAUAUCCACCAACAGUGCCAUUAACUUAUGGCCGAGGCGUUCGUAUACCAAACUUGCCAGAAAGAACUUUAGCUAGUAAAAAUUAUAAAUAA